AUGGCUUACGUCACAGUGAUGUACUCCAUAAACUUCACUGACCAAAGAGUUUCAACAGAAAUGGCUGCAGCUAUAGCAAUAACCUACGAUCUGACAGCCGACCAGUUUUACAUCCUAGACCUACUCUGCAACUGCGUGUUCUCAUACUGUCUCUCUCUGCUCGGGGUGGUGGGGAACAUCAUCAGUUUAGUGGUGCUGCGGUCCAGCGGGUCCCACAAUACCACCAACAUCAUGCUGCUGUCGUUGUCUUUCAGCGACUUGGGUUAUUCGCUGCUGAUGUUCCUGACCAGGCUCAAGUGCGUGCUCGCUAAAUUCGACGUCCCGUUGUCCAAAACGUUUCAGGCUAUGACCAGCGUGUUCCUGUCCUCACUAGCGAGCACGCUGCUCGGCGUGAGUAUCCUAACGGUGACGGUGGUUUCCAUCGAAAGGUUGGUCGCCGUCAGUUCCCCACUUCACGUCUCACAGAUAUUCUCACCGAAAUCUACCCGAAAGAUUCUCAUCGGGAUCUACGUCCUGAGUUUCGCACAGAUGACCCCGUGGUUUUACCGUACGACUUUCAUCUGGGCUUUCGACGUCGCUUACAACGCGACGGUUGCCAUGGAAACGUACACCCAAUUUUACCGCGACAACUACUUCAUCAUCAGCACCUACGGCUGGGGGUACCUCAACACGCUCAUGUCCAUCGUCACCCUUAUCGUCAUCAGUUUCAGCUCGCUCCUCAUCGUGGUCAAGCUACGGAGCAGGUUCGUCAAGACCACAAAGUCCAGCGAGCAGGAACUCCGGGUCUUUAAGAUGCUGCUGACCGUCUGCGUGGUGACCGCUGUCGUGUGGGUGCCAACAGCUGUCCUGGACAUGUACAGCUUCUACGGCGCCGCCCCACCCAGGGUGAGUGCUCUGAUGACCAGCAUCAAGCACGUGCUGUACCAGUUCGGGGCCGGCGUCAACUUCAUCAUCCUGGUCAAGACGAGCUCUAAAUUUGCUGCAGCUUUCAAAAGCCUUUUUAAAUGUCGAAGGUAA